AUGACCGUUGACGAGAAACAGCCAGUGGCUGACAAUGGCGAGUCCUCGCCAGUACCGUCGCAAUACGCCACUGUCAACGAGCGCAAAUUGAUGGCCAAGAUUGACUGGCAUGUGGUGCCGUGUCUUUGUGUCAUGUACCUGCUCGCAUUUUUGGAUCGCGUCAAUGUCAGUAACGCAGCCAUUCUGGGUCUCAAAUCCGACUUGAAUAUCGAGACCGGCACCAAGUAUAAUACUGCCCUUACCAUCUUCUUCGUCCCCUACAUCAUCUUCGAAAUCCCAUCCAAUGUGUUGAUGAAGAAGUUGAAGCCGCACAUAUGGUUGUCGCUGUGUAUGUUUGGCUUCGGCCUGGUCAUGGUCUGCCAGGGCUUGGUGCAGAAUUGGGGAGGAUUGAUGACAACGCGCUGGUUCCUGGGCAUGUUUGAGACGGGCUUGUUUCCUGGCUGCUUCUACCUGCUGGGUAUGUGGUAUAAGCGCAGUGAAGCUCAGAAGCGCUUCAGUUUCUUCUUCAGCUCGACGACUCUGGCCGGUGCCUUUGGUGGCUUGCUCGCCUACGGAUUGGGACAGAUGAACGGCCUCCGGGGAUACAGUGGAUGGCGAUGGGUGUUUAUCAUCGAGGGUGUUCUGACCUGCGUGGUGGCCAUUGGCUGUUUCUUUGUGGUUCCUGACUUCCCCGAGGAUGCUAAGUGGCUGACGGAGGAGGAGCGCGCAUUCCUGCGCGACAAGCUGGCGAAGGACGUUGGAAAGUCGGCUGUCGAUGUCAGCAUGAGCUGGCGUGAUAUUGCCGCUGUCUUCAAGGACUACAAGAUAUUUAUCGGUGGCUUGAUGUACUUUGGGCAGGUGGUUACAGCUUAUGGCUACGCCUACUUUGCGCCGACUAUUAUCCAGACCUACGGCUACAGUUCCGUCAAAACCCAGCUCUACUCCAUCCCACCCUGGGCCGCCUCGUUCGGAUUCUCCAUGCUCAUCGCAUACCUCUCUGAUAAAUUCCGCCAUCGCUUCCUAUUCACCCUCAUCCCAAUGCUCGUGGCCAUGGCCGGAUUUGGCAUCUUGCUCAACAUCCACGACACCGCACAAUACCAUGUCCAGUACGGCGCGCUAUUCCUGGUGACUAGCGGCUGCUACAGCGCGAUGCCAGUGUUAGUCUGCUGGUUCGCGAUGAACCUCGGUGGACAUCGUCGACGCAGUAUAGGAACGGCGUGGCAGAUUGGUUUUGGCAACAUUGGCGGAAUCAUCUCCACCUACUCCUUCCUCUCGAAAGACGCCCCCUUCUACCGGCCCGGAUACAGCAUCGGCGUAUCCUUCCUGGCCUUUUCCGCCGCCAUGUCGAUUCUGUACUUCUUAGCGGUGUGGAACGACAACCGGAAACGCGACCGAGCGAUCGCCGAGGGUCGCAUCGAUCCGUCCACCCUCACAGAGGAAGACGAAGAAUUGCUGGGCGAUAUGUCGCCGACGUACCGUUACGCUUAUUGA